AUGAGAUGGUCAUUCAUCUCCAUCAAACGAGCACCGGCAAAGAAAUUUCUAAUGGGUGGCAAAGAAACAAAUUCCACUGUUCAUAUCUCCUCCACUUUCAUCCUAAACAAAAUCCUUAUUUGGCUUCACCUUCUCUUGAUCUCCAAAGCCACCACCGUCGCCCUUGCCGCUCACCAGGAGCACCGCAUCCUCCUCCGCCUGAGAGCUCACUGGAGCUGCACCUCUGCUCUCAGCUCAUGGAGCACCUCCUCUCCCCACUGCCAAUGGCCAGGAGUCCAGUGCGACGAUGGUGGCUUCGUCAACGGCAUAUCCGUCCCCAACAUGAACAUCACCCAGUCAGUCCCAGCCUUCAUCUGCGACCUCAACAAUCUCUCCCACCUCGACCUCGCCUACAACAACAUAGCCACUGGCUUCCCUACUAGACUCUACCGCUGCUCCAGCCUCCAGUACCUCGACCUCUCCCAAAACUACUUUGUCGGAGAGAUUCCAGGCGAUAUCGACAAGUUGUCUUCUCGCCUCCGGCACCUCGACCUCUCGGGUAACAACUUCACCGGCGACGUCCCACCAUCAAUUGGCCGGAUUAAGUCACUGCAGUUCCUGCACCUCGACAGCAACCAAUUGAAUGGCUCGUUUCCGGCCGAGCUUGGCCAACUCUCGAUGCUCCAAAAUCUCACUCUCGCAUACAAUCAAUUUGCAAGCCAACGGAUUCCCGAUGAGUUCGGGAAUAUGAGGAGCCUCAAGUACCUCUGGAUGUCGGAGACUCAAGUCACAGGUGAGAUACCGGAGAGUUUCCAGAAUCUAAAAGAGCUAGAACAUCUCGACCUGGCGAUGAAUUUGCUUAAUGGCUCAAUUCCUGAAUCCAUAUGGUCGCUGGAGAAGCUCAAAAGAAUCUACUUGUAUGCCAAUGAGCUAUCCGGAGAAAUCAGCAGCGAGAUCAGGGCGACAGGCUUGGAGGAGAUCGAUGUGUCCAUCAACAGUCUCAACGGGUCGAUACCGGUGGGAUUCGGCAACCUCUUCAAUCUCACCAAGUUGUUCAUGUACUACAAUGAACUAUCCGGCGAGAUUCCCAACGACAUCGCCUUUCUUCCCAAGCUAUAUGACAUUAGGCUCUUCGGUAACCGGUUCAGUGGAGUUUUGCCAACAGAGCUCGGGAACCACUCCAAGCUGACGAAUUUUGAGGUAUCAGACAACAGGAUUUCCGGCAGCUUGCCUGAAGGCCUGUGUGCAAAAGGAGCUCUGAAUUCGGUGGUGGUCUUCAACAACAAUUUCUCCGGCGAACUGACAGCGUUUCUCGCCGAUGAGUGUCACACCUUGACUAACAUUCAACUCUAUAACAAUAGCUUCUCCGGCGAGUUUCCCUUCAAGAUAUGGUCGACUGCAGUAAAUUUGACGACGGUGUUGAUCCAUCACAACCUCUUGUCUGGCACUUUGCCGGACACACUGCCAAGAAGCCUAACGCGCUUGGAAAUCGAAGACAACCUCUUCUUUGGAAAAAUCCCGUCCUCAACUCCAGAACUGCAAGUUCUCAAAGCGAGUAACAAUAGGUUCUCAGGCGAAAUUCCAGCAGUACUCACCGGAAUGUCGAGGCUCCUGAAUCUAUUGCUUGAUGGAAAUCAAAUCUCCGGUUCAAUUCCACCAGGCAUAUCCGCUUUGAAGUCACUUACAGAGCUCAACCUCAAGAACAACAACCUCUCGGGAAACAUCCCGCCAAAAAUUGGACUGUUGUCGGAGCUCAAAAUAAUAGACCUUUCAUGGAACAUGCUAUCAGGGCCAAUUCCGCUGGAGAUGGGCAACCUUAAACUCAUCUCCCUUAACUUGUCUCACAACCAACUAUCCGGCGAGAUACCCCUUCAGUUGCAGAACCAAGAUUACGAGCAAAGCUUUUCAGCAAAUCCCGAUCUCUGCUCCUCCAAGUCCAUAGUCAAGCUCAAACUUUGUGCACACCGCACGGCCAGUAUCGAUAGUAUGUCUUCGCAGAGACUGAUCAUAAUAUUGCUAGCGCUCAGUGGAUUCAUGCUCCUGAUGGUUACUGUGAUGGGGAUAUUAAUGUGCCACCGGCAGCCCGACAUCGUUGAUGAGCUGCCGUUGAAGCUCACUUCUUUUCAGAAAGUGGACUUCACUGAAGCCAACAUAAUAGGUAAGCUAACAGUGGAAAACCUCAUCGGCAAGGGAGGGUGUGUACAGAAUCGACAUCAGCAAUCACACCAGCAUGACAGUUGCCGUAAAGAAAAUUCGGAAUACCGGAAAGAUAGACUGGAAGAUGGGGAAGGCCUUGGAGGCUGA